UCUGUGCUGCAACGGUGCAGCUUUGGGAUGCACUAUGGCUCCAUCCCCAGCACCAAAUCCAGGGCGUUGCAUGGCAGCAGGCAUAGUACACUACUGGAGCAUCCCAUCCAAACCUAUCUGCUGCAACGGUGCAGCUUUGGGGUGCACUACAGCUCCAUCCCCAGCACCAAAUCUGGGGGGUUGCAUGGCAGCAAACAUUGCACACAGCUGGAGCAUCCCAUGCAAACCUUUGUGCUGCAAAGGUGCAGCUUUGGGCCGCCCUGUGGGGCAGUUCCUCUGGGUCUUAUGGAUGGAUCCUUCAGUGGGAUUGGUGCCCCCCUUCCCUAUGAGGUCCGCAUGAGUGCGGUGCACUUUGUUGCAUGGGCCGUGCUGCUGCUGGGUGCCCCAUCCCUCACCAGCAAAGGGUUAAGCAGGAGGAAUUGCAGCUCUGUCAUCAUCAGGGGCAGUGGAACUGGAAAGGUGAGGCAGGAAGGGAACGCCCGGGCGAGGCCGUGCUGCAUUGCACUGCAUUACACUGCGCUGCACUGCACGGAGCAGCACAUGGUGCCGGCAGCCCCACACAGCCGGCACGGUUGUGAAGGAGCCCUGAGCCCGAGCUCGCCCGCGCCGAUGCCAUGGAGGGGGCUCUGCCCACGCUCCCCCCAGAGCUGACAACGCCGGGGCUGAAGAAGGCUCACCCCCCCGCUCCCCACGAAGCAGCCAACACGGCCGUCAUCGCAGUGGUCAUCACCCUGGUGUUCCUCACCCUGCUGACGGUGCUGGUGGUCAUCGUCAUCUACCUGUACAGAAACAAGGGCAGCUACCUCACCUACGAGCAGCCGGCGGCGGAGGCGGACACGGCCGUGCAGAUGGAGGAUGACCCAGCCAAGGAGAAAGAGGAAUAUUUCAUAUAGGGUCCCGCUCACAGCUGACGCCGCGUGGCCUGAGCCACCUGGUUUCGAUCUCCGGAAACUUUUCUUUUCUUUAUCCCUGUAAUUUAUUAAUUAAAGCACAGGAAGGUGAAGCCCAGGCGUGCCACCGCCUGCCCCCAGCUCCGCGCCCCAUCCCCUCCCUUGGGUGCCUUCAAUACAGCCCAGUGACAAACGCUCCAA